AAGAAACCAUUCUCCAAUUGUUUUAAAGCAGUGAAUCUUGUAGAUCGACAAAACAAGUGACUCGUAGCAUAGUAGAUCUGACGUUAUGUUUCAUUCCCAUGACAGAUAGGGCAAAGAUAUGUGAUACUUCGAUAUUAACGUAAAUAUAUAUGGCGAUUAAAAGUAUGUAAACGUCGCGUGAUUUCAACGAGAUCCGCAUGACGGACUGUUAGUUACUCGGAAUCUGUCGAUUUUGGCAAGCCCCAAGAAAUGGACGCGUACAGAUCUUUUCUGAUAGAUUUUCUCGCAGGCGGUCUGUCCGCGGCGAUUGCAAAGACAGCAGUCGCUCCUCUAGAAAGAGUGAAAUUAUUGCUGCAAGUGCAGCAUACCUCGAAGCAGAUAAGGCCUGAACAACAGUACAAGGGUAUGAUAGACGCGUUUGUUCGUAUACCUCAGGAAACGGGAUUUCUUAGUUUCUACAGAGGCAAUUUCGCCAACGUUAUUCGAUACUUUCCAACUCAAGCACUCAAUUUUGCAUUCAAAGAUAAAUUUAAGGCCUUCUUCCUGGGAGAUGUGCCGCCAGAUGCUUUCUGGCGACAGUUUGCUGGAAAUCUGGCAGCCGGCGGUGCCGCUGGUGCGACAUCGCUCUUAUUCGUGUAUCCGCUCGACUUGGCCCGUACCAGAUUAGCCGCCGACGUCGGAAAAGGUGAGAAACGGGAAUUCAAGGGUAUAACCGACUGUAUACUAAAGAUUUUUAAAUCGGACGGAUUUUUUGGACUGUAUCGUGGCUUCAACGUUAGCGUACAGGGAAUCGUUAUAUAUCGCGCGACAUACUUUGGAUUUUAUGAUACUAUGAAGGGUAUUAUGCUGUCCGAUCCGAAGAGCACACCGUUGUACAUGAAUUUUAUAAUCGCCGAGAUAGUAACAACGAUGGCGGGUAUCGUGUCCUACCCUUUCGAUACAGUUAGAAGACGAAUGAUGAUGCAAUCAGGACGAAGUAAGGCUGACAUAAUGUAUAAAAACACACUGGAUUGUUGGGUAAAAAUAACGAGAAACGAAGGUCCCGGAGCUUUCUUCAAAGGUGCAUUCUCUAACAUUCUUCGCGGCACCGGUGGUGCUCUCGUCUUAACAUUAUACGAUACGAUCAAAGAUUCGCUUGGAAAAGUAAUCUUAAAAGAUUGAAAACCUUAGGAAUUCAUUAAGUCCUCUACCACUGCAAAAACUUGUCUUAUAAAAUAUAUACGGUUAAGUGUUCGAGUUUUAUACAUAAUUAUCUAAGAAUUUUCAUCUAGUGCAAUAAUAAAUAUUAUUGAAAAGAAUUUUAUCAAAAACAUAGUAAAGAUGAUUUCUGUGUUUUACUAUUGUUUUCACAACUAAAAAUACUUUUGAAAGCUAGCCUUACAGCGUGGCGACAAAAUAUUAUCGAAAUCCCUCCGCGAAUUAGCUCUAUGCUGACAUAUAAUCUAAAAAUUAAUUUUUUUAUUUAGGAUUAUAUAGUAAAUAUUAAACCUGAAAUAUUUAUUUAUAGAUACUUCUAAUAAGAAUGUACAUGUCGCAAUAAGCGCGGUUAAUAUAUAUUUGAUAGUUUAUUUUUCAAUGCACUAUAAUCAC